AUUUGAAGCGCUCAAGUGUUUUCUUCGGCCAAAGAUGCGGUUUGAAGUGCAUAUAAGACGUGAUAUAAAAAACUAGACGAUAAAUGAUAAGAAAAAAGGGUUUUUAAUUAAAGUAGUUGAUAGAAGAGGAACAGUUUUGAAGAAAUUUUGAAGUUAUUAAGACGUGAAAAUAUUUCAGUUCCAGAAUGGCGGCAACUUUGGAUUCCAAUUUUCUCCAAUACGAAAGCAAAAACUUGCUUCAACCGAGUUUAGAUGAUGUCAAAAAAGUUCUCACUUCUGGCUUAACAUCCAAUUUCGCUACCGUUUCCGUUGAUGUCGUCGAUUGUCCUAAUCUCAAAAAGGCUCCUUUCCAUUUGGCAUCCGAGGGAAUUUGCGGAAAUCCUCUACUCCUCGAAGUUGGCGGACCUCCAUAUCUUCUCCCGCUCGUUGAUCGCAGCAAACUUUACGACACGAAAUCCAUGUGCAAAAAAGCUUUGCCUUCUUCCGAACUGCUUGUCAUUGGCGCCGGCGCUGGUCCUUUUCCGCAUCUCGGAACGAACGUCGAAGGCAUCUUCAACUUCAAAGUCAACGCUGACGACUCCGUUUGCAACAAUUCACACGUUGCCCAAGUCGAUGCGAAUCUCGAUUGUCACUUGCACAAAUUACCGCCGCAUGAAACGCGAUGUGCCUUAUUGGGAAAUUUGCUUUUGAGUGAAGGAAAGCAAGGAAAAGUCCUCAAAGUGCAUUGCAAAAAACGCACAGGAAAUUUAGACUUCAUCGCAAGCAUUCGGAAAUGUCUAACGGAGCAUUACAAAGAAACUGUCGGACUUGGAGGAACAUUUUUGUUGAAAGAAGGAGCAGCUAAACAACACGUCAUGAGAGAUUUUUCCAAAACUCCGAUUACGACAGAGGAAGAACUCAACACAUGGCUUAAAUUUUAUGAAAUGCCAGCGAAACUCAUCAACGUAGGAACUCUUGUAACGGAUGAGGCGGAUUUGGAUUUGCGUCUUCAACAUUUUCAUAGUUUUUCGCACGAAGGAAAAUGGGGAGGACAUUAUCAUAAUGAUACAACUCCAGAUACGGUCGAGUAUGAAGGAUAUUUUGUUGUUGCAGAAAAAGUUGUUCGUGUAGAUAAACCAGUGAUUACUCACAAAUUUGGACGAGAUUAGAAUUUUAAGGAUUUUCAGAAGCAUUUAAACUAUUUUUAUAUGAAAUAAAUAAGGGAAGUGGUUAAAAUGAAGAAUUUU